GAAGAUAGAUUUUCAUGAAUUGUCCACAAUUUCAUGAUUUCACGUAAUUUCUUUCAGAUUUGACUGAUACCAUCCCAUUGUUGUUUUACAACCAUUUAGUAUUGUUGUUCCAAAAUACAGAAAGUAUAAAUUCCUAUUAAAGCAUGCUUUUUAACAUCAUAUAAUCUCUUAAAUUGUGCUCUUGCAACAUUUUGUUGCGGGCUGCAGCAUUUUGUAUGUGCGGAUAAGGCUGCUCAGAUAAACCGGCUCCGUUCCCUUUGAGCAGUGUGACCCAGUAAGGGCAGCCUCAAGUAAAUGACGAUAAUUUACGCUUUAAUUGAUUUGCUCUAAAUUUUAGAGUGCCAGUUUAAUGGUGUGGCUGUUGUGGGGCAAGCUUUAACAAUCGGCGCAUCUGGACGGUGCGUAAAAGACGCACAACUCAGGUGGAAAAAAAGGGGGGUUUCUGUUAUUAAGCAACGGAGCGAAAACUGGGCCUGACAAGACAAUAUAUGCAUAAAUAAAUGAGUAACUGCAGCACAGAUAUGAUUCAAUUCGAGCCGGUGGAUGAGUAUUUUAAAAUGUGAAACGUAACGAGGAAGUUGUGGAUAAUAGGUGGCUUAGUGUGGCACAAACUCAAACAGAAGCGAAAGGGUGUUCCUGACAAUAAUCUUAAAAAAAAAGAAAAAAAAAGAAAGAAAAUCAGACUUUUUUGUUCACAUUUAAGAUGGAUUUUAUACAUAUCAAAUGUAUAAAAUCCAGUGACACGACAAGGCUGAAAGAGUCUUGUCGUGUCACUGUAUCUUCCAUUAAUGUCUCGCUCCUUUUUGUAAAAGAAGAAAGAGGGAGGGAGGAAGAGAGGGUGAGUGAGUAAAAGAGAGGGAGGAAGAAACAGAGAGAGAGAGAGUCAUGUCACUUAACGGACUGCUGGUGCUUUGUGACUCAGUGUGCAGCUCCGCUUACAUAUAAAGACACGGGGCUUUUCAGACAUAGGUUGGCUAUUUGUAAUCAAGCCAAUCAUCAACAUCUCGGAGUCCGCACUCCGAGCCUAUAGAAGCAAAGCGGUCACAGUUUGGGACGGGGUGUAUUUGUGCCUUCGUAGUCUUAUUUGUAUCAGCAACGAAUGUUUAAAACAGAUCGGGUAAUGUCCAGAGCGCACUGCCGCUGCACGCAUUCCUGAUCUGCUCACAUCUCCGUCUAUUUGUUUUUUUCUUUCCUUCUUCCCAACUCCACAGUCAAGGAUUACAUCCUGCCCGGGCACCGUCUGAAGGAGUAGGGGCGCAAAGCGAGGGGUGGAGUGGGUCACUUCUGCUUCUUCUUCUUCACAUAUCUUGCACUUUGGCUUCUUUGGAGAGGAUAUGGCACGGCCGGAGCUGGAGAGAAGAGCGCUGCCGGCACAGGCGAGAGGAAACAGGAGCUGAAUGACAGGAUGCCAGUGACCUGAUCCCGCUCUCUGAUCAGUCUAAGCUUCGUCAAAAGCUCAUUUGUUGAAUUCAGGGGAGAGGAGAAGAAUACUUGCCAAAGCAAAAAACUUUUUGGAGGAGUUUUAUUUCGGAGGGCUUUUCUUUUUUGUAUGCGUAAUUUUAUUUUUUUGGUCACAAAACAAGGAUGCAUUGUGGAUUAGUCUUUAUCCUGUUGAUGGGAAUUCUCUCGGUGGUCAAGGCUUUCAGAAACGACAAAUGUGGAGGCAACAUCAGAAUCUCAAACGCCAACUACCUCACCUCGCCCGGAUACCCCUAUUCUUACUCCCCUAGUCAGAAAUGCAUGUGGGUGAUCUCGGCGCCUGGUCCUCACCAGCGGAUCCUCAUCAACUUCAAUCCGCAUUUUGAUCUGGAGGACCGUGAGUGCAAGUAUGACUACGUGGAGGUGCGAGACGGCGUGGACGAGAGCGGUCAGCUGGUGGGGAAGUACUGCGGGAAGAUCGCCCCGUCUCCGGUCGUCUCCUCCGGAAACCAGCUCUUCAUCAAGUUCGUGUCUGACUACGAGACGCACGGGGCAGGUUUCUCCAUCCGAUACGAGAUCUUUAAGACAGGUCCCGAAUGCUCCAGGAACUUCACCUCCAACAGCGGCGUCAUAAAGUCGCCUGGCUUCCCAGAGAAAUAUCCCAACAACCUGGACUGCACCUUCAUGAUCUUUGCGCCAAGGAUGUCCGAGAUCAUUUUGGAGUUCGAGAGUUUCGAGCUGGAGCCCGACACGACGCCCCCGACCGGCGUGUUCUGUCGCUACGACCGGCUGGAGAUCUGGGACGGCUUCCCGGGAGUGGGUCCAUAUGUCGGAAGGUACUGCGGGCAGAACACCCCAGGCAGGAUCAUCUCCUACACGGGCAUCCUGGCACUGACAAUCAACACAGACAGCGCCAUCGCUAAGGAGGGCUUCUCCGCCAACUUCACCGUCAUCGAGAGGACUGUUCCAGAGGACUUUGACUGUAGCGACCCUCUGGGAAUGGAAUCGGGCGAGAUAGCAUCGGACCAAAUCAUGGCUUCGUCCCAGUACAACCCCAGCUGGUCCCCGGAGCGCUCCAGACUCAACUACUAUGAGAACGCCUGGACGCCGGCGGAUGACUCAAACAAGGAGUGGAUACAGGUGGACCUCGGGUUCCUGCGGUUCGUCUCCGCCAUUGGCACCCAAGGCGCUAUUUCCCAAGAGACCCACAAGAUCUACUUUGUCAAGUCCUACAAAGUGGAUGUCAGCUCUAAUGGAGAGGACUGGAUCACUUUAAAAGAAGGCUCCAAACAGAAGGUUUUCCAAGGCAACACCAACCCAACAGACGUUGCCAAGACGAUGCUGCCCAAGCCCACGCUGACGCGCUUUGUUCGGAUCCGGCCGGUUACCUGGGAAACGGGCAUCGCACUGCGCUUCGAGGUGUACGGCUGCAAGAUAUCAGAGUAUCCCUGCUCAGGCAUGCUGGGCAUGGUUUCAGGCUUGAUUACCGACAACCAGAUCACCGCUUCAUCGCAUACGGACAGGAGCUGGGUACCGGAGAAUGCUCGGCUGCUCACCAGCAGGACGGGGUGGACCUUGCUGCCCCAGCCGCAGCCCUUCACCAAUGAAUGGCUACAGGUGGAUCUUGGUGAGGAGAAGCUGGUGAAAGGGAUGAUCAUCCAGGGAGGGAAGCACCGCGAGAACAAGGUCUUCAUGAAGAAGUUCCGCCUCGCCUACAGCAACAACGGUUCAGACUGGAGGAUGGUGUUGGACACCAGUGGGAACAAGCCAAGGAUAUUCGAAGGCAACAGCAAUUACGACACCCCCGAGCUGAGGACGGUGGAGCCGCUGCUGACCCGUUUUAUCAGAAUUUACCCAGACAGGGCCACUCCUGCUGGGAUGGGCCUGCGACUGGAGCUCCUUGGCUGUGGGAUCGAAGCUCCCACACUCCCGCCCACCACUCUGGUCCCAAGCACAACUCCAUCAGACGAGUGCGACGACGACCAGGCGAGCUGCCACAGCGGCACAGGUGAUGACUACGACGUGACAGCUGGGACUGUGAUGCCUGAGACCACUACUGCUGAAGUGGACACCAUCCCAGCUCUCACGUCGUUCGCCUGCGACUUCGGCUGGUCAAAUGAUCCGUCCUUCUGCAACUGGAUGUCAGAGGACACGGGCUCUAGGUGGCAGAUCCAGUCCAGCGGCACCCCCACCCUCAACACCGGACCCAACAUGGACCACACAGGUGGCUCAGGGAAUUUCAUCUACACCCUGGCGACCGGUCCCCAGGAGACGGAGAUGGCUCGGCUCGUCAGCCCCACGGUCACCUCCCCGGACUCCGACCUGUGUGUGUCCUUUUGGUACCACAUGUUCGGCUCACACAUCGGCACGCUGCACAUCAAACAGCGCAAGCAGACGGCGGACGGGCCCGCCGACGUCCUGCUGUGGACGGUCAGCGGUCACCAGGGCAACCGCUGGAGGGAAGGUCGCGUGCUUGUGCCGCACAGCAACAAGCCCUAUCAGGUGGUGAUCGAAGGUCUGGUGGAGAAAAGAAGCUGGGGGGACAUUGCUGUGGACGACAUCAAGGUUCUCCAUGGGCUCAGCACAAUGGACUGUAAAGAUCCUGACGUGCCCACUGAGCCGAUGCCACCAGAGGACGGCAUCAAUGAAAUCCUCGAGGAAAUCACAGAAUACCCGGAUUUCGUGGAGACCAACCAGAUCAGCGGAGCGGGCAACAUGCUGAAGACGCUCGACCCCAUCCUCAUCACCAUAAUCGCCAUGUCGGCCCUCGGGGUCUUCCUGGGCGCCAUCUGCGGCGUGGUCCUGUACUGCGCCUGCUCGCACGGAGGCAUGUCGGACAGGAACUUAUCGGCCCUGGAGAAUUAUAACUUUGAAUUAGUGGACGGCGUCAAGCUAAAGAAAGACAAACUCAACGUACAGAACUCGUACUCAGAGGCGUGAGAUGGGACAGAGCGCUUUCACAACAUGACUGUAAUUCAACGGGCAGGGCUCGCAGGAGACUGUCUCCAGACGCGUCCUCUUGACAAACCCGCGAGCAGUUGGGCUUUAAAAGACUGCCAACGCCCCCUCGACUCCCUGGACGAGGGACAGGUUCAGGAAAACCAAUGGGAGGUUUGGACUGAUCCACGCUUUUCUCAGGAGCUGCAGUAAAAAGAACCUACCAGUAGGGGACACUGUGUACAAAUAAACUACAGAAAAAAAAAACAAAAACAAACAAAUAUGUACAGAUGAUUUAGAUGAUAUUUUAAUUUUCUAUUUUGAUUUUCAUUCAUUUUUACAAUCGGAUGCUGGUGUUGAGACCAAUUUAUUAAUAAUGUUUAAAGUAUUUAUCAUUUUCUGGGAAAGAAAAUAUGUUUGUUUGUUUUUCGAAGUUCUCGAAGGCUGGCUCAAGUUUUUAAAGAGACGUAUCGAAAAAUUUAAAGGAACCAUAUCCGGCAAAGCUGUAGAUUUGCCCCAUGGUGUGGCAUGCAGAGUGCGCCCAUUAACCCGCCACCCUGAAACACGUACCCCUUUCCCCUUUUGACCCCUGUCGCUCUAAAAUGAGGGUCCCAUUCAUGGCAAUGUAUGGUUCUGACAGUGCCUUUAGUACAUUUCGGUUGGCCUCCUCUGUUGCCGAUAUGGGUGUUUUUUACUGUCCUGGGCUUAACUUAUGAUGACAGGAAAACAGGGGCACACAAACUUCUGAAUAUAAACCGUUUAUCACAGCGCUUUGUUUUUUGUUUUUUUUUGUUUGUUUUUUUUCUUCUUGUUUUUCUGUCCAAAAACCCACACACUGUAAAUAAGUUUUAAUAUAUUUUAUUGUCCUUUUUAAAGAAAGUAAAAAGGAAAAAAAAAAGCUACAGUAUCCCUUUUUUUAUUUUUCACGGGUUUUGUUUUUUGUGCGUAUGUGUGUGUGUGUAAAUACAAUCUCCUGACUGUUUUGUGGAAGGUGCAGUGUUACUUUUUAGUUCGCGUUUGCUCAGGCAAGCAAGGCUCGUGUGGUGCUGGUGUCACAGCGGCGAUAUCAAUGUGCAUUCAAGCCAUCUGUCACCGAAACAUCCGCCCCUUCACGAGUGGAUCGAAAGCUGCACAAUUGAAAAAAAAAAAGAGAGAGAAAAGAAAAGAACUAAUCUCUCAUAACUUCAUCUGCUGUAAGUUUAGCUGGACGCUAGAAUAUAUUCAGAAAGCUUCGAACGUGAUGGCGGAAGAGGUUGUACAAAAUAUAUUACCAGCAUACCAAAAAAAACAAAAAAAACACAAAAAUACAAACCACCAAUCAUCUUCGCUUUGCUUCAGAGGCUUACACGACUAACCCUGUAACCAUCACUGUGGAUUGUUCAGUGAAGAAGUGCUAUCUGGACAAUGCAGCUUGAAUGCACUUUGUUUCUGAUCCCCUCUGACCCCGACCUGUUACGGGGAAGGGGUCAACACACUAAACUGACGAAUGGUGCUAUCAGUAACUUAGCUGGACACACGAUGAACCCAGUUUGUAUUAUUGUUCCACACAUGCUGUAGCUGUAGCUUCAAAAGGCCUGCCCAGGCCGCAAAGAGUUUUAACGUGUCUCACGUGUAGCAGCCAUAAUGUUGUGAUGUCAGAGCUGAUGUCAUGAGGACGGGACGCUGGCACGGCCGAGGGGGAUCUAAGUGGCAUCACCUGAAUCAGGUCACCUGGCCUCCCUUCGUGGCUUUACCAAAGGAUGGUUGCCCCUCUGCUGGAGGGGGUUCUCACCAACACACAAAAUACAAUAAGACAGUUCAUCAACCGCCCACUCAAGGACCGACUGCUUGCAGGACACUUGUAGAGGAGUAAUGUGUCUGUUUUUCUAUCUCUUUUUAAGCUCAAAAGACGUGCAAAUGUCACCACGAUGUGAACUCUUUGAAUCUCUGCUGAGACUCUUUGUUUGCAGAUAUGAACAGAUCCCAUCAAUACACAUUCGAGUGGGAUGAGAACUUUGCUUCAGACUGACAACAUCAGGACACAAGGGCCACAACGGCCACCUCCCACCCUACCCCACCCCCCGGACUCAAUGGUGGUCCCCCCCCCAACCACCACCACAAUAUCAAACAAUCAAAAAAAGAAACUCGAUCCCGUUGAGGGUGAUCGUCUUUUUACAUCCGUGUGCUUUGUAUGUCGUGCCGUGGUGAACACAUUCUCAGCUCGCUCAUCGUCUCCAACCCAGCUACCCCCCCUCCCGCCCCGCCCCCCCCACCCCACCUCUCACGCCUCGGGCCCCUCCACACCAUCUCCCGCGCUUUCAGCUACGAGGGGGGGGCCCCCGCAUCUGCAGCAGCUAGAGGAAAAAGGAUACUGUAGCGUGGACUCAAAACCAACAAUGUUGCACUGACAAAUAUAUUUAAGAGGUUUAUGUGUUUAUAGCGUUCAUUUGCAAAAAAAAAAAAAGUCCAAAACACAAAAAACUCGUGUUCAUUUUCUUUAAUCUUUUUUUUAUAUAUAUAUAUAUAAAUAUAUAUAUAGUUUCAGAUUAUGUGAUAUAAUUCUGAAAUGUAAAAUAAUACCGAGAUGUUUUCAUUAUUGAAAAAGGCAUAAUAGAUUUUUCAACAGCCCCUGCCCCCUGCAUUUACAUGGCAUAUUAACGCUUCGUUUUGUACUGUCAUUCGACUUUUGUGCAGACUUUUUUGUUUUGUACAAGAACAAGAAAAAAUACAACUUUUAUUUUCAAUACUGCUUCUGUAAUUUGCUGUUGUAGGGAAAAAAAAUGAAUAAACAGCAAAGGCCUUAAAAAGAAA